GGGUGUUCAUCAACUGGCAACAGUGGUGGCAUUUUCACAGGGGAAAAACAGGGGCUGGUGAGGUUAGGGAGGAUUAGUGCAUACUCGCAUGGGGAGCUUGGUAGGUGCCUUCAUUGUUUUGUCAUUUUUUCUGGCUAAAAUGGGUAUGUUUUUCUGACUAUACUAUUUUAAAAUACCUGGGAACCUGGAACAGGCCCAAAAGAGCUCCAACUUUUUCAGUGCGUUUUUUUAGGACCCUCAGACAGCAGAUCUAGCUUGCCUCUGCCGAUAACUUUCACGUGUUUCAAAACCAGAAAAUCCCAACUAAAUUCUGAUCAAUCUCUGCCUACUUCUAUUGCAACAAUGAUAAAUCGCAGUCCUGGCUCAUGCUUCGCUUCUUUUAAUGCUUUUAAAAAAAAUGAUCUGCUUUGCUCUUUGCAAAGUAAUGAUUCCCAUUGAAGUGUCUGCAUCACCAGAGACUCAUCCCACCUCUGCGUGCUGCUCAUUUUCCAGAUGAUGAUACUGUAAAAUGGGUUUCGCAGGACUGUCUGAUGCCCUCGUGCUCACGGGAGCCGUGUGUGCAGGUGAGGACGGAUUGACCGAGGCGACUGAUGGAUCCCGGGCUUGUGCUGGUCACCAGCGGAUGUCCUGCUAGACUGGAGACUUUGCUUGGCUUACAAGACAAACUAUGAUAGAUGGCACGGUGAUGGGAUUUGAGCAGGCUCUGCUUUUGUUUUUGAGUGGGAGGGAAACUAUACUGGGAGCACGCAUGAAAUUCCUGCCUUAUCUCAGGGAAUGCUGUGGAAUUGGGACAUGCAGCAGGAAAAAAGAGCAAGUGCCUUUUCAGGCUUUUUUCUGGUCUCCUCCUGUGCAAAGCACAGUUUGCCGUACCUUAAUUUUAAAGUUUUAAAACUCUGCUAGGAUUUUAAAUGAGUAUGGCACGGUGUGCGCGUGAUGUGGCUCCCUUUGUUUGCCUAUUGCCAUAUAGCCCAGAAAGCUCUGUAAGAAACCUGUCUGCGAAGCGCAUUUUAAUGUUUAGAUCUAGCAGUGAUUAGAAUACCCGAAUGCCCAGUGGGUAUAUGUGUCAUUUUUUAACAGCUGCCGAGCUUUCUCCCUGCUGCUCCAAUUAACACGUUCAGCACACGCUUGCCGGCGAGUGGGCUGUGUGUAUGGAUUAAACCACUCCGCUGGUUAUUCACCCCAUGUGCCUGAUGCCAGAAACGGAUCGGCGUCUUUCCCGUCGUAGGACGGAUGAAAUCAAACGGGGUCCCGAGUCUGUGCGGGUGUAAAUACGAGGAGGGAUUUAACUGGCAGAUGAAAACCUGCUUUGCCUGGAGAUGUGGUUCAGUCCAUUGACUAACAUCUCUCCCCGCCUCCCAGCCCCUCUUCAAAUGAUGGAGACAGAGGGCAGCGAGCUCCUGGUGCUGGGCUGCCUCUGGCUGCCAGGCACAGCUUUCCAACUUUGUUCUGCUUAAAAACUGCUUGGAACCCUGACUUUCUCCUUCCCCUCCAGUUUUUCCCUCCUUCAUCUAUUUUCAUGCUGAAAUAUUCCAGUUGGUAGCUUUGAUUAAGUGUCCCUUCCCCCCGCACCCCCCCCUUUUUUUUUUUUGUAAAAAAAAAAGGGAAAACAACAUGCUUUCUAGUCCUAGCUGAGGUAAGGGUUAUUUAAUGGUACCAGAGCAGAUGGUCGAAGGUUGCAGCUUUCCUUGAGUGCUUGCUGUUAAUUCAUGCUCGGACAGCUCUCCGUGAGGCAGAGGGCGAAGGGGGCUGCUGGUGGGCGCUGCUGAGGAGAUGGAGCGCUUCUUGGGCUUCGUCAAGCAGAUAAGGAGGUCGAGAAGAAGAAAAGGCAAAAAGUACCGGCCAGAGGAGGAUUACCACGAGGGUUACGAGGAUGUCUAUUAUUAUGCCUCAGAGCAUUUUCGAAAUGAAAGUCCUUACACAAAGUCUGCAAACCAAGCAAAGCCACCUGAUGGAGCAUUGUCUGUGAGGAGACAGAGUAUUCCAGAGGAAUUCAAGGGCUCAACAAUAGUUGAAUUAAUGAAAAAAGAAGGCACUACCCUAGGGCUUACAGUAUCGGGUGGAAUCGACAAGGAUGGGAAACCAAGAGUAUCUAACCUUCGUCAAGGAGGGAUCGCUGCUAGGAGUGACCAGCUGGAUGUUGGUGACUAUAUCAAAUCUGUGAAUGGAAUCAACCUGACCAAAUUUCGCCAUGAUGAAAUCAUCAGUCUGCUCAAGAAUGUUGGCGAGAGGGUUGUUUUAGAAGUGGAGUACGAGCUCCCUCCAGUCUCUAUACAAGGAUCGGGUGUCAUCUUUAGAACUGUGGAAGUUACUUUACAUAAAGAGGGGAACACUUUUGGGUUUGUAAUAAGAGGUGGAGCACACGAUGACAGAAAUAAAUCUCGUCCUGUUGUAAUAACAUGUGUUAGACCUGGAGGGCCUGCUGACAGAGAGGGCACAAUCAAACCCGGGGACAGGCUGCUGAGUGUUGAUGGGAUCCGACUGCUUGGAACAACACACGCUGAAGCUAUGAGUAUUCUCAAACAAUGCGGACAAGAGGCGACUCUGCUGGUUGAAUACGAUGUCUCAGUAAUGGAGUCAGUAGCGACGGCGUCUGGGCCACUACUUGUUGAAGUUGCCAAAACUCCUGGUGCUGCUCUUGGGGUUGCACUGUCUACUUCGAUGUGCUGCAACAAACAGGUCAUUGUCAUAGACAAAAUCAAAUCUGCGAGUAUUGCAGACAGAUGUGGCGCAUUACAUGUAGGAGACCAUAUUCUGUCCAUUGAUGGCACCAGCAUGGAGUAUUGUACGCUGGCAGAAGCAACGCAGUUUCUUGCUAACGCAGCAGAUAAUGUCAAGCUUGAGAUCCUCCCUCACCACCAGACACGGCUAGCACUGAAAGGCCCAGAGCACGCAGCUUUGGUGUCUUCAUCCUUCUCUCCUACCUCCAUGAGUGCAUACAGCCUGAGUUCCCUGAACAUGGGGACCUUACCUCGCAGCCUCUACUCCACCAGCCCGCGUGGGACAAUGAUGAGGCGGAGGAUGAAAAAGAAGGACUUCAAAAGCUCCUUGUCUUUAGCCUCUAGCACUGUUGGUUUGGCUGGGCAGGUCGUCCACACAGAGACCACGGAAGUAGUGCUGACAGCUGACCCCAUAGUAGGGUUUGGGAUACAGCUCCAGGGUAGCGUGUUUGCUACCGAGACCUUGUCUUCUCCACCUCUCAUUUCCUAUAUUGAGUCUGACAGUCCGGCGGAAAGGUGUGGGGUCCUGCAAAUAGGAGACAGAAUAGUGGCAAUAAAUGGUAUCCCAACAGAAGACAGCACAUUUGAUGAGGCCAAUCAACUGCUCAGAGACUCCUCUAUCACCAACAAGGUCACCUUGGAAAUAGAAUUUGAUGUUGCAGAAUCUGUUAUACCAAGCAGUGGAACAUUUCAUGUAAAACUACCAAAGAAGCAUAAUGUGGAACUUGGCAUCACGAUAAGUUCUCCAUCCAGUAGAAAACCGGGGGACCCUCUGGUUAUUUCUGAUAUCAAGAAAGGAAGUGUUGCUCACAGAACUGGGACACUGGAACUGGGUGACAAGUUGCUUGCAAUAGAUAAUCGACUUGACAAUUGCUCGAUGGAAGACGCUGUUCAGAUCCUUCAGCACUGUGAGGACCUUGUAAAGUUAAAGAUCCGCAAAGAUGAAGAUAAUUCUGAUGAACAGGAGAGCUCUGGAGCAAUUAUUUAUACUGUUGAGCUCAAGCGCUAUGGUGGGCCUCUUGGAAUUACAAUCUCUGGUACUGAAGAGCCCUUUGAUCCCAUAAUUAUUUCCAGCCUUACAAAAGGAGGAUUAGCCGAAAGAACUGGAGCAAUUCACAUAGGAGACAGAAUCCUAGCAAUAAAUAGUAGCAGCCUGAAAGGAAAACCUUUGAGUGAAGCCAUUCAUUUAUUACAGAUGGCAGGAGAAACUGUCACUCUGAAAAUCAAGAAGCAGACAGAUGCUACCAGUCCCAAGAAAUUUUCUGUCCCUGUGGGUCACAUAAAUGAACUGAGCGAUGCUGAAGAUGAAACCUCUACCGCACAGAAAUCUGGCAAACUCUCAGACAUCUAUUCUACUACAGUCCCAAGUGUUGACAGCGCAGUAGAGUCGUGGGAUGGCUCUGGUAUUGAUACCAGCUUUGGAAGUCAAGGACCCAGCUAUCAGGCUUCAGGAUACAACUUCAAUGCCUAUGAAUGGAGGAGCCCUAAACAGAGGGGCAGCUUGUCCCCUCCAAGCAGACCACGAAACCACCCAUUCCAUGACCCAGUACUGAGUGAUGAGGAAUGGGACCAACCUACAGCAAGCAGCACAGCUUCCAAGAAUAUGUGGCAACAGAAGGAGACUGAGACGUUGGGAGAGAAUCAAGAAAACCAUUUAAAGCAAACUUCUGUAGAAAGGUCAGGGGGAGAGAGCAUCAGGAGCGUGAAGAAAGAGGGCAAGCUGUGGAAAGGUGCCUCUGGUGGGCAAAGGAAAGGUGGGGGACAGCUGGAAGAGUGGAAUACUUCCAGCUUCGCAGGUACCCAUGAUAACACCGAGGCUGACCAGGAGGAAAACUUCUGGUCUCAGGCUCUGGAGGAUUUAGAGACCUGUGGCCAGUCAGGAAUUCUGAGGGAACUAGAGGACAAGGCUGACAGGCGUCUGUGUUUGAGAAACAUGACUCUCUUGGCCACAAUUAUGUCAGGAAGUACAAUGAGUUUGAAUCAUGAAAACCCACAACCUCGUAGCCAGCUGGGAAGACAAGCCAGCUUCCAGGAAAGAAGCACCGUAAGGCCACAUUACAGUCAAACUACUCGUAGCAACACAUUGCCAUCAGAUGUGGGGAGAAAGUCCAUGGUUAUGAGAAAAUUUAAGCAAGAAAUGAAAGAAAUCAUGUCACCAACUCCUGUGGAGUUACACAAGGUAACUUUGUACAAGGACACUGAUGGAGAAGACUUUGGGUUUAGUGUCUCAGAUGGCUUAUUGGAAAAAGGAGUGUACGUUAAAAACAUUCGACCAGCUGGCCCUGGCGAUCUGGGUGGUUUGAAACCAUACGACAGACUGCUACAGGUAAACCACGUUCGCACCAGAGACUUUGACUGCUGUCUGGUUGUGCCCCUCAUCGCAGAAUCUGGCAAUAAGCUGGAAUUGGUUAUUAGCAGAAACCCACUGGCAUGUCAGAAAGGAAGUGCAGACCAGCAGCCUUCAGCAGGGGGGGAAUGGAGUGAUCAGAACAAUGCCUUCCUCCAACAGACUGGACAUGCUAAUGUUAAUACAGAGACACGGGAUCCUACAAAUACAUUAUAGCAGAAAAUAAUUUUAGUGGGACAUUUGGUAAUAAAAGACAAUUAUGGUGCUAAAUCCCUUUAAGAUUUUUCUGAAGAUAAGGCUCAGACACAAUAUAGCACUAAAAAGCACAGGAGGUCAGUCUGUCUGUCUCAAGGCUUGUAUUAAUUCAUGGUCACGUUUUAAAAAGUUUAACUCUUUGUUAAGUCACUCCAUUUCUAAACAAUCUACCAUUAGCAACAGUACCUAAGGGCAUUUUUCCCCGAACAAGAAACUGGGGAGAUGUUUAAACAUGAUUUAGAUGUACCUUUCCCUUCAUCAUCAGCUGCUGUUUGAGGGAAAAAAGCAUGGCGUUAACUUCUCCUAACAGUAGCGUCCAGGUUGAUUUUUAAAAACAUUUUAGCAGCAAGCCAUUGUCUGAUGGCCGAGGAAGAAUGGUGUGCUGGCAUCAUGCUUUCUUGUUAACUGUCUAGCUCUGUAAUUAUGGGGACCUUGAGUCUGCUGGCAAGAAUGGUAUACUCUUCAGACAAAGCACGGUUUAGAUGUUUUAACAAAGUGUUUUUAGGACGCUGCAGCAUGUGGUGAACAUUACUCCCCAACAACUGUGGUAAAUUUUAGUAGCUCAUAUGUUAUUCCCUAUGCAAUGAAAUAAUUAACGAUAGGUCUUGCAACAUGUAAGGCUUUUUAAGCAGAGACUUUUUUAGUGAGAUUAAAAACCUCUGAAGGAGGAUUACUGAUGAGUAAAAUUGAAAAGAGUUUAGACAAACUAGAAAGGUUUUAAAAUAAAAUGGAUUUUUUUUUUAACUAUCGCAGUGGAAGAUUGAUACAAAAGCUCCUUAAUGAUCCAUAACCCUGUAAACUUCUACUGUUGUACACAAGCUUUUUAAAUCAAACACUUUCUUGAGGGGACUAAUGUCCUAUUUAAUAUACUUUGUUUUCAGCCUUCUUUACGAUAAACUUACCCCCUACAACACGUUUUUAGAAUUUAAAAUUGUAAAUACAUUUUACAAACUUCACAAAUUCUCCCGCCUCCCCUCUCCCCCCCAAGCAAUAAAAUACUGCCAGUUGCUUUAUAUGCUCACCAGCAGCUGCUUUGGUUUAUUCCAGUAUUCGAGUUGUUAUUGGUAAUUAUUGUUCUUGGUGAAUAUAAUGAUACUGGAUUUGUACAUUUGUAGAGUCUCCACAUCUAAGCAAUCACCUAACAGAGUUGCUUCUGGUCAAUUUAAACUGUUUAACUGUAUCCCUAUUGCUGUUUCCAAUACAUAAAAAGCUCACCCUGCACACACAAAUAUGUCUGAUUUAUAUUUCAGCACUACCAGAAAAGGUCAGAGUAACAUUCAAUGCUGAAUCUUGUAAAAAAAAGAAAAAGUCCAUGAGUCACUUAAAUAUGUAUUUUUAUUUGUAACAAAUAAGUAUUAAACUGUAAAGUAUUUUUGUACAAAUUUAAUACUUUAAUAGCAUGAUAUUUAUCGUCUAUGUAUGUUUUUUUGAAAUUCAAACUGUUGCAAAUAUUUGUAUGGAAAAAAAUGUAUAAAUUGAAAUAAACACUGAUUUAAAGACAUUAGAAACGAGGUAGCAUUUUUCUAUUUUACAUGUAGAGUAGCAGUUUGAGUAAAAAAAAAUACCAUGUUUAUGUUCAUGGUACACUUUUUCCUGCUGUAGUAUGAGUGAAAAAAAAAGUUUGUUAGAAGUAAGCAAGCUCUCUCCAAAUUUUAAUACAAUUUGUCUGAAGUUUGUGUAAACAUUCGUCUUUUUUAAUCUCAUAAAUUGCAAUACAUCAAAUCAUGCAGUACACAAACACAUGU